CUUAACUAAAACUUCCUGGACAACAAAUCUAGUUUCUCAUUCUGAAGGCGGAAGUUUUCUUAUAAAGUUGGGUUGUAUUGAUUGAAGACGAUUGUGAUAUUGUUAAGUGAAUAGAUAUAUACUUUUUAGAAUUAUAUUUGCGUCGAAUUAACAAAUAUAAAACAUGGAGGAGGAUCACCUUGUUUUGCCAGCCAUUUAUAACUUCACUCCGUUAAGGGCUCUCAGGGUGGCUUCACGGCGAAAGUUGUCGGGGUUUUUAGAUCUGGAGGGAGUACUUGUUGUGGUAAACAAUGACGGUCUUGAAUGCGAUGUUGUGAAUGACUAUAGUGGACUGGCGGAGCUUGCCGGGUUUAACUACCAAGAUAUAAUGAACAUGAAGCGACAGAGGAGCCCGACCACUGAGUUGCUGGAUCUGUGGACAGGCCAAAAUGGAAACGUAGGAAAACUAUGGAUGUAUCUCUAUAUGAUGGAACGUUAUGAUGUGCUAACUGACUGCCGACGGCCGAUUGUGCUUGACUGUUGCAAAUAUGAAGAACAACAACAACUGAAGGCAGAUGCAGAGAGGUACAACAUUGAACAAGAUCCGACAGUUACAACAUCUGAGAUGAAAGUAGAUGAGACAAAAUUUGCCACAAAACAGGACGUGCAGAGUGGAAAGAGAACAUUCUAUGAUGCUUUCAUAUGCUACACAGCAGAGGAUGAAAAUGAUCGUCAAUUCCUGUACAAAAUGAUUGAGGAACUAGAGGUUAAACGAGGUCUUAAACUGUUUGUACCGGGAAGGGAUGAUCUACCAGGUUCUGCCGAGUAUACUAUUACAGCGUAUCUCAUCGAAAAAAGAUGUACACGAGUGGUGAUAUUGAUGUCAAGAAAGUUCUUGCAGAGUGCAGCUUGCGACUUCCAAGUCAAGUUUGCUCAUGCUCUUGCUCCAGGUGCUAGAAGUAAGAAGUUGAUUCCUGUUAUCCGCGAGAAAAACACGCAGUUGCCGAGAAUUCUUCGGUUCUUGGCCGUAUGUGAUUUCACCAAGUCCGACAUGGUUGAAUGGGUCUGGGAUCGACUCUUCACGGCAAUCAUUGCACCAGUUGGACCGACAACCUAUUUCGAGGAGGAAGAUCCAUCAAAUCCUUUCGAUAUGAGUGAUGAAAGUCUGAAAGAUAUCAAAUUUCCCGCCCAUCGUCGUCUGGAUGAGCAUGAGGACAGCUCAAACCACACGCAUGUACAAUCCAGACCCGGAAGUAGGCCGAUCGCUGUAAGUACUGUUUCCCAGCCGAGAGAACCAAUGGAAUGCGACGUGUCUUCAAUGUCCUGGGGUCAGUCGACUUCCAACAUGCAGUCACAGUCCCCAUCAUCUGUAAAAAGUAGUUCACUUCCACCGGAAACGAAAGGGAAGUCAUCCCAGAAGGGAGCAACUGGAAGUGUGAAACAAUCAAAACCUGUUCCCGCGAAAAAGCCGGACAAAUUGAAAAAUAAAAAACAAGUAUCUAGUCAGCGGCAGCAGCCUUCUACGGACAGCAAGACAAUUUCCUCUUCAGUAUCCACAGAACAUUUCGUAUAACAGAAAUCAGAUGGGGACUGUUUAUUUAUAGACUUUUUACUCCACUGAAAAUUUGAUCUUUUCAGAUGACCGCUGCGUCUGUCCGUCUGUACACCAUUUAGUUUCUAAUGAAGAAAAUUGGCGAAUACUAAGACUUGCAGUUGGCAAACAUCAUGGAAUGAUUUUUUCCUUUAGUCAUAAGAUGAAUCCUUCUGUCGUUAGAAGGUCAAAUAUUUGGCAUAAUAUAUAUAUAUAUAUAUAUAUAUAUAUAAUCUCCUUUGUAUAAAAGUAAAUUAGAAUGAAUAGGGAAACCAAACAACGUGUCUUAUUCAAACAUUCCUGUUGCAACAGUACCAGUGCAGUACUGUACUCUACUUGUACAGAAAUGUUCCUUUAUGGUUUUCAUUGUAAAAUCGUGUUAAAUGUACUGUGCUUUACAGUUCCGUCCAGUUUCAUCGAACUUCGAAUACUAGUGUGUCGAAUGUGAAAUGCUUUGAAUGAAGAACUACGUUUGUGUUUGUUUUGCUUUUGUAAAAGAUUUUGGCCUAUAAUAAAAUUGCAUGCUAGAAUAUUGCUGUUGCUGCAUACUGUCGAAUUGUUUAUUGGGAUCUAAAUAACAUGAACAUAGAGUAUACGACUUACACGUGGUUUAUUAUCAUAUACUCACAAAUUCUGUACUAGAUAUGGCUAGAAUUUCACAAACAAAUACGAAGUGAGAGAAAUCAAAGUCUGUAUGGCACUAGGUAUAGAGCUAUAUAAUUUAUUCAAUAUCAUGCCUGUGCCUGAUCUAUUUAAUAGAUAUAUUCUUGGUGUGCUAAAUGUUUCAGUCAUUUUUUUUAUUCGAUAAAACAGGCAAAAUACUUAUACGCAAAAAGAAUAUAUAAUAACAAUAGUUUAAUCUCGGAUGUAUAUGGCACUGAUACAUUUUACAAGGCUGGAACACAUUCGGUAAUUUGUCAAGGCAACAACAUCAUACCAGAUUAGGCUACUGUUAAAAUAAACCCUAAUAUGAACCCAGUGUUUAUAUAAAUAUAAAAAAAACAGGUUAAAAAGUAUAUACAGAUAUUUCUACAUGUUGGCCAUUGUGUAAAUAAAUAUUACAAUGUUCUAACUUAUUCUUUGUUCAAAUUUUUCCUGUCCUAAGAUAUGAACAAACUACUGAUUGAUACAGCACGCGGUGAGCCUGCCAAUUAGAACUAUUAAAGUACUUUUUUGUUAAUUUGCAUAACAAGGUUAACUGUUGUUUUUCGGGGACAGUGUAUUAGAAAAGUAGAGAUAUCACACAUAUAGGUUAGUAAAUUUGCAUAACAACUCUGAGACAAGGUAUUCGAGAGGUAAAGUUUCAUACUUGCAGGUUUGUCAAUUUGCAUCACAAGGUAUUGUGUUGUUGUUGUUUUGCUGAGACAAUAUAUUCGCGUGAUUGAAAUUUCGUACAUGUAGGUUUCUCAAUUUGCACAACAAGGUUAUUUGUUUUAGGCCGAGACCGCGUAUUCUAUGAGCUGAGAUUUCAUCAAUGCAAGGAUUUAUCUCGCAUUUAGCGUUAAUGAUGUCAAAAUUCAAAAUAUCGCAAUUUCAACUAAAUCAUAAGUCAAAACAUAUCUGUACAAAACUGUUUGUGUACAGUUCGUUUUCGUAAAUAUCAUGUUUGUAAACAUUAGAUUGCGUUUUGUAACCUUAACUCAGGGUUCUACUAAUAGUAUAUUUUAGUGUGUUUUGUAUAAGAAAAACGUAAGCUCAAGCAAAAACAAAACAUAAUCAAAAAAUAGAAAGGACAUUUUGUAAAUAGAAAGAUUUUGGUUUAAAAACGUGUAAACGUUUGACCUAGUAAUCGAACUGUAACGAAGUAAGCGCGCGCUUACCUUUAAUUUAAGAAAUUUUAAAUCAAUAUUAUAUUAUUUAGUAAACAAUAAUACUGACAUCAUUCUGUUAUUAAGGAAGUGAUAGUCAUUUUUAGGAAGCAAAUUUUGUGACAUAUUUUCAUAUGACAGCAAAAGAAAUUAGUCAAGCACUGUUAAGACAAUGACUGGGUUCCUGCAAAAUAAAUAAUUGCUUAUAUUAAAUUAUGUCGCAAUAGAACACUGAAACAAUGCAUGUCUCACAUCCUUGCCAUUUUUGUUAUUAUAAUUCGUGCGUUACAGUCGUACGUUUUCCUCAAACAUAAAAGUACGCAUGUUGUACCAGAUAAUAAAGCAGUGUAGUAAUUAGGGUUAGAUCUGACUAAAGUACAUCUCCUAUUACGCUAUGCUUAGGAUCUGAAGACGAGCUAUUGAUAGCCUCGUUCUGACGACCCUUCCCUAGCCAAUCAAAAGGCUUACUUACAACAAAAUUAAUAACAAAUAAAUAAAUAAAUAACUGAAAUACUGUUGAAAAACGGCGUUAAACCCCAAAACAAACAAAAACAAACUUUUCAGUCGUCCAGUCCUUGGACCUGUCUGUAGACCAUUGGUUUCUAAUGAAGAAAACUGACAAAUACUUGGGCCUGAAGCUGUAAAAUGUCAUAAAAUGGUUUAGCCUUUGGUCAUAAGAUGAUUUUUUUCUGAGGUCAGUAGGUCAGAUGUAAAAAAUGUUGCAUAUAUAUUAUCGUCGUGAAAAUAGUAUCCAGUGCAUUUUAACAUGCUCAGGCAGUUUUUAAUUCAUUCGUAGAAUUGUAUAGCUUUUACAAAAUCUAGAUGGCACAUGCUUUGUAUAUUAAACAUCAAUUCAUUCUACAGCUAAUAAAUUGUUAAAUCUCAGUUGUCGGACAGUUAGAAUAGAAUUCAAUAUGGAAAUCAACUUACAACAUUCCUGUUGCAAGAGCACUUAGUCAAUACUGUAUUGUAGUUGUGCGGAAAUGGUCCUUAAUAUUUUCCGUUUUGAAACCAUGUUGGACAAACGGACUCUCUUAUUUCCGUCCAAUUUCAUUGAGUUUUGAGUGUACAUGUGUCACAUUUGAAAUGCAUUGAAUAAAGAAUAAAGGUUUU